AGCCUGGCUGGCUCUUGUUGCGGGAGGCAUUGGCGGAGGCCGGGGGCCCGCCUUGGAGGUGGGUCCUAUCCCCGCUGCCGCCGCUGUUUUCCUCGGCUCUCGGUGCCAACUCUCCGCCUGGGCAGAGCGAAGCAGGAGCAGCCCCGGCGGCAGGGAAAGGACCCGCUUCCCACCCGGGAGACCUGCUCCACUCCUUGCCAUGAGGCGCCCGGAUCCCAGAUAAAAUGGGUGGGGAGUACUGGAACUCUGAAUGCACUCCUAACCACUGACAUCCAAGCUCUUCUGGGACAAAGAACACAAUAAACACAACUCUAAGGAGCAAUGGAGAGAAUCGGUGACUGGCAUAAACCUAACUACAUGAAUAAAGUGUGGCAAAGAGCACUGGAAGACGGCUAAAACACAGUCAUGUCUCCAGUUUGGCAUACCAUUUCAUCUCCUAAUGUGAACUACAAGCAACUGGUAUGCCUCUUGGUCUUCACUAUAAAUAUAUGUCUCAGUGCCCCUGGGAUGUGUCCUCCAGCUUGUAUUUGUGCUAGUGACAUUGUAAGCUGCACCAGCAAGAACCUGUCAAGGGUGCCAUCAACACUCUUCAAGCACAUAAAAAGACUGGAUCUCAGCUACAAUCAUAUUGGAAUUUUGGAUCAUGACUGGAUGCCCGUCCUGCUUGAGAAGCUGACCACCCUCAUUGUCAGUCAUAACAGUAUCUCCCUGAUUUCUGCAGGAAGCUUUUCUAUGAUGCCAAAUGUUAAGUAUCUAGAUUUAUCUUCCAACAACCUGAGGUCACUGGGUAGUCCUGUCUUUCAGGAACUUAGAGUGCUAGAGGUUCUGCUGCUUUAUAACAAUCAUAUUGCACAGGUUGAUUCAGCUGCUUUUGGAGGGAUCCACAAACUGCAGAAGCUGUAUUUGAGUUACAAUGCUCUCACGCAAUUCCCAAUAGAUUUGUACAUUGGGAAAUUUAAACUCUCCGAACUUGUGCUCUUAGACAUUUCUUACAAUCGAAUCCACUCAAUACCCAUUAACUACAUGAGCUUAGUGCCAGCCAGACAUCUGAGUGGAAUUUAUCUUCAUGGGAAUCCAUUUUAUUGUGACUGUACACUUUACUCCAUGCUAAGCUUCUGGUAUCUUCGACAUUUUAGCUCUGUGGUAGAUUUCAAGACUGAGUACACGUGUACUUUGCGGUCAGACACCAAACCAGCCAACAAACUGCCUUUAUUGUAUGACAACUAUUUGAAUUGCUCAGAAAGCACCAUUAAUGGCUCUUUCUAUGCAUUUGGGUUUAUUCACGAAGCCCAAGUUGGUGAGAAGCUGAUUGUGCCCUGUGACACAAAAAUUAGCGAUGCAGGCACCAACUUCAUCUGGAUCAGUCCAGACAAUCAAUCUCUGGAGCCUGACAAGCCCACCGAACACUUCAGAGUGUUUCAAAAUGGGAGUCUGGAGAUAGAUGAAGCGCAGUAUGAGGAUGCCGGACUUUAUUCCUGCAUUGCAAUAAACAAAAAAAGACUAUUGAAUGAAACAAUUGAGGUGAGGAUUAAUGUAAGCAAUUUCACAGUGGACAGAUCUCACUCACAUGAGACAUUCAACACUGCUUUCACUACCCUCGCAGCUUGUGUAGCCAGUAUUAUUCUGGUACUUCUUUACCUCUACCUGACACCCUGCCCAUGCCGGUGUAAAUCAAAGGGGAGAAAAAGGCAGCUGAACCAAAGUAGCAUGCCUCAUGCCUCCAUAUUGACCACCAGCUCACCCCUUGAACUUUCAGCUGAUGAAAAGAAAGUGAGCAGUGGCAAAAGGGUUGUGUUUCUUGAACCUGUGAAAGAGCCAAAACCAGGACAGAAUGGGAAAGUAAGGAUGUUUCCCAAUGAGAAUCUCAUUGCGGAAAGUAUCCUUAAAAAUCCUCGUACCAAAUCUGACUCUGAUUCCAUGAAUUCAGUGUUCUCAGACACACCUUUCAUGUCAUCCUCCUAGUUUUUUGCUUGCAUUCAUAUCGCAUGAUGAACUCAGUGGCUUCUCUACCUUUAGCCACUAUUCAAAAGAAGGGGGAUCUUUAAAUAAUCAAGGUGUGAAAUGAAAAGUGACUGUAAUGAUGUUCAGGUGUUUGUUUUUUCCUCUGAGAGAUGAGCAAGUACGUAAACACUGAUUUGUAAGUGUGACAGUAAAGGUGAGAAGGAGCCCUUUGCUACAUGACCAUUGUAGUUCUCUACUGUUAAGCAGUUGCAUUAUGGUAUAUGCUGCUUUAAUUUCAGCCUUUCUGCUUAAAGAAUGGUAGGGGGAUUACUUCAAUGGGUCACAUUUGUGUACUGUUCUCAUUCAUGACAGUGUAGGAGAACUUUCCAUUAAAUUAGCUAGAACUAAUGGAACCAUUGGCUAGAACUGGAACCAUAAUAAUAUCAGGGAUUGGAAAUACAAUCAGUCUGCCUCCUAUAACUUAGAAGGGAGAGAAAAAUAGCCAUUAUUCAGCUUCUGGAUUUUGCCUGGAAGCACUGAGCACAUAUAGAAAUAAGAUGAAGUUAUAUACAAGCCAGAAUAUUCCUAAAUGAGUUUUAUAUAACUUUUGAAAUUAGUUUGGUUAUAUCCCCCCCUCCAAAUUUUGUAUCCUGGAAUCUUAAUAGCCAGAAACAAUGUAUGAUUACUUGGUAUGAGAAAGCUUUUACUAAUUAUUAACCUUGCCAGAUAACAUUCUGUUCAAGGCUUUAAUCUGUAAACAAUUUAAGCCUCAAAGGCUUAUAUUCCAAAAAAGAGAGCACAUUUUCACCCUAUUAAGAAAUCUGAAGCAGAGUGAUAUUUAACAGGUAUAGUUUACCCACCAGCGUAGGGAAGGGGGGUGCUACACCUUUGAGAUCUCUGUCUUUCUUCACCAUUCUUAAAGGGAUAGCAGCCAUGCUGCUCUGGAAUGUGGCCUAGACUACUUAUUUGUACUGAAAUGUGUGUGUCUAUAUAUACGUGAAUUGUGGCUUGAGCAGAAAAUACCUUAAAAUAAGAAAAUAGAAUUAGUUUUGUAAGCAAAGCAGUCAGAAAUUUGUACAAUUAGAUGUUUUUCAUGAGAACUACUGCACUUUGAAUAAUAUUGUUGUUCUAAUAAGAGCCAUAAUAGAAACCGUCAAGCCCAAAUUAACUACUACUGAUGCAGCCAGGUCUUUUUAUUAUUGGAGGGGAAAUGGCUUGCAUGCCUGGACUUUCCCUUCCCUGUCUGAUAGCCGGACCUGGUUGCAUGCAUUUUGCUAAACUGCAGCCUUAUUUGGUGGAUUUGAAAUAAUUCAGGUCAUUUUUCAUAGUAUCAGAAGCAGAAAAAUAGCAAUGAUUUCAUGAAAAGUAUGCUUUGUGGUUUAAUAUAGGAAGCAUAAUUGAACUACUUAUCUCUGAAAUGAUCAGUUCUGAGAAUGUUCCUUUCCUGUAAGAAGACUAAAACUUUGUAGGAUUAGGCCUUCAUGAUGAAUUGCAUUUUCAGGCAUAUGUUUUAGCAUACUUCGUAUUACAAAAUGAACUACCGAACAAGAGAUCUUGUGUUUUUUUUGUUCCUGAAAACAAAGCUCUCAAUGUGCUUAGCAUCAAAUAGGUAUAUGAUGCUGCUGUGGCACACAGAAUGGUAUGUUGCCAUGGCUUCAGAAGUAUCUUGCACUUGGAGAUAAGGAGUGUUUUCCUUGCUGUGUUGUUUGUCAGUUACAGUUGUCCUACAGAGAGAACUAUGCUAAAUAAUAAUCCUAAAGCGAACUUAAUCACACUGGGAAAAUCGGGGGUUUAAACACACAUUAUCCAGCAAUAGUCAUGUGAUUGUGGUAAAGAUUUUCACACACUAUCAUGCUUAAAGAUAAUUUAUCUUGGGAAUAACCACAGAAUAACCAGCAACAAAUUAUUCACGGGAUUUCCCCAUGAAUGAUUUAUUGCUGGUUAUUCGCUGAUUAAACCCCCGAUUUCCCCCACAUAUGAUAAAAUCCACUGUAUAUGUACCUCCAGAUAUUUUUGGCCUACAAAACCCAUCAGUCCUAAACAAUAUAACCAAUGGUGUGAAGUUAUGACCGUCUAAAAAUAAUCUAGAAGGCCACACCUUCCCCAGCCCUGAUGUCUACAGUGGGACCUCAGUAUCUGCAGACUUGCCAUCCAUGGAUUUCAUCAUGGCAAGCCCGCGCUGUCCCGCGCAUGUGCACGUAGCCGCACAGUCAUUGGGGACACUGGGAGUGGAGUUUGUCCUUCCUUCAUUCCCCCUCCCUCCCCUCUGAGGCUUCUGUCCUGGGCUUGGAUUUCGGGGCAGUUUGGAGGCAGAGGCUGGAGUCCUGUCAGCUGGAAGGAGCUGGGGCCAGGGCUUGGGGCUCGGAAACCAGGUCCAACUACUGGAAUGGAAUCUCUAGGCUCCAAGAUUAAAGCCCUGGGCCCAGCUCCCUCCAGCCAAUAGGGCUCCAGCCUCCAGCCCCAAACCACCCCUGAAGCCUAGCCUGGACCUGAAGCUUCAGUGGGGGAGGGAGGGGAAGGAAGGAGAGAGAGAGAGAGAAGGGGAAGGAGGGAGGGAGGUCUUUGUCCCCAAUGGUGGCAUGGCUGUGUGGCCACACCGUCAUUGGGGUCAAUGGGACUUGAGCAUCUGCAAAUUUUUGUAUCCCGGGGGAUAUCCCCCAUGGAGUUCUGUAUGGUGCCUAAAAUCCUUCAAGGAAUAAUGUUUGAAUGAUUUGGUCCCUGUUCUACCACAUUUGUCCACCUCGAGCCAUGGAAACAUUUGAUAAGUACCCCAGACUACUUCUGACAAUAAAUCCUUUCACUGGCAUAGUUUCAUUAUCUUGUGGCUGUUCCAUAAUGUUGGCAUCCUGGAUCAGUUCCCUUUCAACACCCAUGUUCUGCUGAUGUCCGCAAUUUUGAUUUCAUUCAAGUCCUUGACACUAAUAUAGUAGUCAUUAAGAUCAAGGCUAUCCUAUCCAUAAACACUACAGGCUUACUAUAAUUAAAAUGGAACUCCCUGUAGUCAAUUCAGACCUGACUCACAUUUUUAGUUCCAGUUGUCCAUCUGUUGCAAAUAAAAUUGUUUCUCUCAUGGAGGUCUUAUGCUAGUGGCUAAGAUUAAGAGGUAUUCAUACAAUAGGGCAGCUUGCAGUUCUACCAUCUCUGUUCCUUGAGAUUCCAUGUGAUCUUCAUAUAAUUCUUGAUUAAUAAAGUAUCUUGAAAUAAC